UAAAGUAGUUUCGCUGUUUGAGUUGGCAUUGUGUAAAAAGAAAGAACACACGCAUAUAUUAGUUAAAGGAGACAGAUGUUUCCUGUGUUUUUUUGUGGAGUGACUGGCGGUCCGCCUGGAGCUGCCCUUCCCUGAGAACAGCUGCUCUCAAAUCUCUCCCCUGCGGGAUUUUCCGCGUUCUCCAGCGACACAAACACCUCCCUGCGUGGACCGGGGGAAAAAACCCAAAACUUUUUCAUCCUCACCAAACAGCGUCUGUUGGCUUCCCAUUUAGUAAACUUCUUUUUUUUUAACAGCCAUGGGAGAAAUGACAGCACCAAAGAGCUUCUCAGAAGUUAUAAGUCAGAUAUUACAAGAGGCGCCGGCUGCCAGGAAAGAUCUGAUUGAUAACCAGAGCAACCUUCUCCGAGUGGCAGAGUACUGCGAGAACAACUACCUCCAGGCGGAUGAUCCGACCAAAGCUGUGGAGGAGACCAAGGCUCUGACCACCCAGGCUUUAGCCAGUGUCACCUACCAGAUCAACAGCGUGGCCAGCACCGUGCUCAGGCUGCUGGACUCCCAGGCCAUGCAGAUCAAAGACAUGGAGUCUUCCGUCAACCUGCUGUCACUGGCUGCUGCCAUCCACUUGGAGAACGUGGCAAGGAGGGAGAUUGGUGCCUUCACCACACCCAAAGACAAGACCCGAUCCAAACCCUUGGCCCCGCCCCCUUCAGGCAUAGAGCAGGAGACGGGUUACAUGAGAACUCCGAUAUCAUACACCAUCUUGGACACCGUUGGACACUAUUUCCAGGUCAAAGAGCAGCAGCCCAGCAAGAACACACAGACGGAGCAAGCUGAAGAACACUUGGUGUUGACCCACGGCAUCGCCGUACCUCUACCCUCUGUUCCCACUAAGCCCACAGUGAACAGCCUGCCUCCCCCUCCUCCACCUGCUGCUGCCACAAACCUGCCUCCUCCUCCUUCCUCAAUGGACACUGGCCUCCCUCCUCCACCCUCCUUUCCAUCUCCCUCCAAUCUCCCCCCACCCCCUCCUCCACCGGCCAUCGGCCUAUCGGACAACAGCUUCCUGCCACCCCCUCCACCUCCUCCUGGCAGCAGCACCCGUCCACCUCCUCCUCCUCCUCCUCCUCCAGCCAGUGGUGUACCACCACCACCCCCUCCACCUCCUCCUGGCAGCAGCACCGGUCUACCUCCUCCUCCUCCUCCUCCUCCAGCCAGUGGUGUACCACCACCACCCCCUCCACCUCCUCCUGGCAGCAGCACCGGUCUACCUCCUCCUCCUCCAGCCAGAAGUGUACCACCACCACCCCCUCCUCCACUGGCCAUCGGCCUGCCGGACAACAGCUUCCUGCCACCACCUCCACCUCCUCCUGGCAGCAGCACUGGUCCACCUCCUCCACCUCCACCUCCACCUCCUCCUCCUCCACCUCCAGCCAGAGGUGUACCACCACCACCCCCUCCCCCACCACCUCUCUUCUAGAUGGUAGAUUGUGUCACUCAGGGUUUUGCUAAUUUUGAAGCAGAACUAAAGCAAAGUGUGUGUGGGUGUGCAGGCGUGGGGGUGUGUGUGUGUGUGGAGGGUGUG